CUCUCAGCGCCAGUGCAAAUCAAGCCGUUACUAGUCACAAAUCAGAUAAUUAACCCCGCGAGCAAAAGAAGCAAGAACACAAAUCAGAUAAUUCCCUGGUGAGUGGUGGCGAGUGCAAGGGAGGAAAGAAAAGGCAGCUGCCAUGGAGGUGGACGGGGCGCCGGACCUGACGGACUUCAUGAACGACUGGUUCUUCGGCACCGUCGGCGCGAAGCACAGCGGAGGCGGCAGUGGCGGCGGCGGCGGCGCGUACGACCUGACCGGCGAGAGCGGCGGCGGCAGCAGCAGCAAGAAGAAGCAAGCUGCCGCCUCGAAAGAGAAGAAGCAGCAGCAGCAGGGGAGAAGUAGCGGCGGGGGCAGCAGCAGCAGCGCGAGCAAGCAGACGCAGGAGUGGCUGGAGGAGGCGAAGAGGAUGAUGGUCGGGUCCGGGUCACCCGGCAGGAUGGGGUCGCCGUCCAGGCAGGUGCCCAAGUUCGCCGGCGGCAACGGGACCGAGCCCUCGCCGAUGCUCGACCGCCGCGACCCCAUGUCGCGUUCCGCCAGAAGGCACCGGCAGCUGAGCGGCAUCGGGGACGAGAUCCUGCAGCGCGCGUCCAUCAUCUCCUCGCCUCCGCGCUCCGAACCAGCCGCCCCCUCCGCUCCCCCGUCUCCUUCCCCGUCGCUGCCCCCGAACCCGCAGUCGUCCCGCCGCAAGUCCCGAUUCCACGGCAACACCGACCCGGACUCCUUCUCCUCCUCUCUCCGCCGCACCAACUCAUCCGCCUCCAACUCCCCCACCUCGGCCGCCCAAUCCCGCCUCCUCAACCACCGCCGCCAUGCGUCCGCCACCAGCUCCCCCGCCGCCGACGGGUUCGACGACGGUGUCGCCCGCCUCAACGCCUUCCUCGCCCGCCAGCGCGACGCCGUCUCCAGCCUAGACUCCGGGGGGCGCACCGGCUCGAGGUCGACGAAGAUCGUGCUCUCCGACGCCUCGAAAAGUGUGAGCUCGAUUGUUGCGGCGAUAUGCUACGCAUGGGUGCUUUCGAGCAAGGCGGAUGGCCAGGCGGCGCCGGCGGUGCCUGUGGUGAACAUGCGUCGGAGCAGGAUGGGGAGGUGCAGGCAGGCGGCCUGGCUCCUCUACCACGUCGGGGUCGACGCAUCGGCUCUGCUUUUCGCCGACGAGGUUGAUAUGGAAGGACUAAUAAUGGAUCAGCGAGCCAGCUUGGUAGUGGUGGGGCAAGAUGUUUUGAAAUCAAAUCGUGAGCUGGGCUCAGUUUGCACAAUCCUCGCCAAUGACCACCGUGAAGAAACUUCUGGCCUACUUCAGAGCCUGGACAUAAAGAAACUUCUGCUUGCAGGUAUCCUGUUAGAUACAAACAACCUUUCCAAGAUGUGCUCAGACAGAGAUUCAGAGGCAGUUCAAUUGCUCAUGUUCGGCACCUCUGAGCAUAAGAGGCAUGAAUUAUUUCAACAAUUGAUGCUUGAUCACAAUGAUCAUUCAUUCGUCGAAUUCUUGAAGAACACCUACAGAAAGUCGUCCACGGAUGGUGAUGGGGACAGUCCUCCGGAGCAAAAGCAUUCAAUUUCAGGGCCAUCCCAAGAUGCUAAAAAGUCAAAUUCAACUAACCAGAAGCCAGCACGUGCAAAUGGCGGAAAGACUUCAGAUGAAGCUCCUCGUGGGAAAAAUAAAUUUUCGUUGGCAAAAUGGUUUGGUUUUGGCCCAAAAUAAACUUUGUAUAAUUUUAUUUUUCCAUUCAACUGUGUGUCUUGAAUUCGAUAAGUAUCAUGUGUAUGAAGUUUGAAAUCUUUCUGCUCAUAGUGUGUUCAUGUGAAAUUGAAAUGACUAGAAUUUAUUUGAUUCUAUUGAGAUUGACUUGUUUGGUCCAAUAAACUUA